AUGGGUCAGUUUGCAAGUUACUGUUGGUGACACUGGGUGGAUGCAGGAGACUUCACUGGGAGCAUUCUGAAUAUUUGUUUGCCAUUGAGGCUGCCAUAGUUCAACCAAGACUGAUAAACAUCAACCCGAAAUUUGGGGUAGGAUGUGUGAAGUACCAUAUGUCUUUAAUUUCUACUGAGCAAGUAGUUUGAUUUAUGUUUCUCCAUUUUUAGUUGGAUAUAUUAAUAUCCCACUUCGUAUUUCCAGGCUGAGCCAUGGCACCGUUGUAAAUCCUGGUCCAAUUCAAAAUCUGACAAUAACAUGUCAAGAAGAGGAAGAUUCCUCCUUGCCUUGUUCAUAUGGUCAGUUCUCCACUUCUCCAGCUGCCUUCUAGAAAAAUCAAGCUGAUUCUUGCCUUAAACAUGUGGUGCUGAUCCAGAAAUUAUAUCAAAAGUUAUCCAGCAAGUAAUGGCUGGAAUAAGUCCCCCAGUGAUAAAAAGUCUCCAAAUCUUCAGCCUUGCUAUUGAUCCCAACCUCCAUAGCAUGAUUUUACGAUCCUAUGAAAAUGACAGGAUGAGAGAUAUUUCAAAAACAGGAGGUCCCAGUGUCUUAAUCACUAGCCAAAUAGUAAACUUUAUUGUCCAAGGGUGAUUGUCUCUGGGAGAAGCACAUCUUUCAUUUAUACAAGGAGGAAAAGAUCUUAGUCAUAGAAUAUGAUGCGCAGCUCAUCCCUAUUGUUAAGUGCAGCUACAGAACUAUAAAAGAAGCUAGGAAGGCGCACACUGUCAUUGCAGGAGGAGGCUCACUAGAGAUCUGCUAGCAACAAGUAAGACUCCACAAAUCAACUUUACCAUACUCCAAUACAAGAAGAAAUAGUAAGUACUCUACAUCACACUGCUAUUUUUAACCUGUUGGGCUUAAAACUCUAUAUACACUUACCAGGACAUAAGCCCCAUUGAACUUAUUUCUGAGUAGACAUGUAUAGGGUUGCACUGUUAAAUAUUUUAUUUCAACUAAUAUUUAAUUAAGAUAUUGUCGGUUAUAUGUAGCUAUACAAAUAUAUCUCAAAUAAGUGAAUACAGUACUGGAAAAAUUGAACCAAUGGCUUGUGCCAUUCAGGAUGUAUUUUGUGUAUUCACAUAUUUCUAGAAAACCAGUUAUGGUUCAGAUCAGAAUAUUUGUUUUGUUCCCUCCAAAAGCAAACAAUUUUAUAUACAUAUUAUGCUAUUGAUUUUCAUAGACUAUACUAACCUGAGUGAAGAUUGCAGUAAUAUAUUUAUGGCAGGAAUAUUUGGAAUAUAUAUUUAAAAGAUGGUUUUCUACUGUUUCAAAUUAAAACCUUUUGUGUCCUAAUAUACAAAUAAAAUACACUACGGAAUUAUUUGGCUUUUGUUGUCACAGUAAAUAUGAAAAGGCAAAGAAUAAUAUUUUUUUAAAAAAUUAUAUAUUUCAGGCCAAUACUUACUAUCUGCCACUAUGGUUUAAUUUUACUAUCCAUUAUUUAAGUGGAAUAUGUUAUAGCUGCAAGUUGCAUUUCAAUGUCCAUCUUAUUUCAUCUUGUUUAAUAGUUUACAAGACAGAAGAUGCUUUUGUCCCAAAGAUAUCUACAGAUGGUAACAUUUUUGUCCAUUUUUUUUCUUGUUUGGUUUGCAACAUGUCAAGAAACAAAAACGUAAGAAUAUUUGUUAGUCAAAUUUUUGAUAAGCUUUAUUUUACUAUGAUGGGUUUUUUUGGGGGGUUACUGUGUUGACUAUUGGAUGCAAAAUGAUAACAUUGCAGUAAUGCUUUACAAUAUAAUGUAUUUUUCUGAAGGAGAUCACUGUGCAAACAUAUGUUUAGCAUCGUUUGUAAUUUUUAAAAUGAUUUUUCUUUAAAAUGUGACACAUUUGGAAGGUGCUUUUAAAAACAAGAUUAUCCUGUACUGAAAGUCACAAGAUAGCAAAGGGAAAAGGCAAAGUCUUCUUGUUGUUAGAGCUUUCUAAGAUGGUUCCGAAAACCAUAAAGUGAUCUUCUGUUCAUUCCUAGAUAGUGAUGAUAAGGGCGAGAGAGCUACCUCUUUUAACACGUCAAAGCACAAAUCCAUAGCAAAAUCAGAAACAAUGAAGACAGCUACAUAUGUUAUUCACAUGUCUGUCGUGUUCACAUAUAUUAGCCUGGUUUAGACAUAAUGGGAAACCAGUUGCUCACCACAUGAGUGAGCCCACAUGAACCUCAGGCUCACAUGGUCUGCUGGUCAUAAGGUUAGUACUUCUCGCUACAAUCUCUCCAGCCUGGGCAUAAAGAGGAACUGUGGCUUGUUCAAAAAUGGAAGCUUCCAAUCUCCUUGUGGCCAAGGAGAUGCCUAGAAACCUGAGACUCAUACAGGCUCUUUCAUGGAGUAGGAAAUCAUGGUUUCCCAUUAUGUCUGAAACAGGCCAAAGUAUGUGGUAGUCUUGACAUGAAAAUAGGUGCAUGGAGCAGGAAAUAUGACUCCCCCCCUUUUUUUACUUCCCUGCAUUCCAUCAGUCCAGGCACUUUUCUCCUAGCCCAGUUUAUGGAGCAGGGAGUACACCACAACUUUAUUACAAAGAUGGAGCACACACACAAAUACAGUGGUACCUCUGGUUAUGAACUUAAUUCGUUCCAAAGGUCCGUUCUUAACCUGAGGUACCACUUUACCUAAUGGGGCCCCUGCUGCUGCCGCGCCACCGGCAUGCAAUUUCUGUUCUCAUCCUGAAAUAAAGUUCUUAACCUGAGUUACUACUUCUGGGUUAGUGGAGGCUGUAACCUGAAGUGUUUGUAACCCGAAUAUUUUCUUGCUUUGUUGUGAAUGUGUUUCUGCUUCUCAAGCACAGUACUGGCUUUUUCACAUUUCAGUAAGAGAGGAGUGGCAGAAUUCCAGUUCUUGCAUAAUAAAGGAAAUCUCCGUGAAGAGUUAAACCGACUGAUUUGGCUCCACCAAGCCAUGGGAGGAGUGCACACAGCCGUGGGCAGGGACAUCCCGCAGGCACACAUUGUGUGGACCUCACCAAAGAACCAAGACCUCUCCGAUCUCUCUGAUGGAACUGGCAGAGAAGAGUCUCUAGAAAUGAUGAAGCAACUGCUGCUGGGAUUGAUGGAGAAGGAAGAGCCUGUUGCUGUCCUCAGGAAAACAAAUGUGUUGCAGUAUCUAAAGAAUGUAAAGGGCAAUCAGGAUCUUUCUGACAUAUUUCAAGGUGGAGAUCAAGAUGGCAAAAGAAAUCUCAGCACCCAGACAUAGAUUUCCUGACCGAACCUAUUGCAGUCCAUCUGCUACUUGAGAUAUAUACACUGAGGGAGAUCAAAAGAAAAGUUGGUUAACAAAAUGUGCGUUUGUGCCAUUUACUACUCCUUCACAUUGUUGAAAGGCCAGAACAUUUCCCCCUUAUUCUGAUUAUUAAACAGGAAUGUGCAGGGCUUAAAAUUUUCCCUUCUAGAUAGCACAGAUAUUUUAUAACUGUUAGCAAUAUUGCCAGGGGCUAUAUAUUAUUAUUGCUGCUUCACUCCUUUGCAUUUGUUGAACAAUAUUAUUGAGGUAUUUGUGCAUGCAGAUUCUGCUGGGGUAUGUGGAAAGUAUUCACUCUUUGUCCCUUAUGCUCCUUUCCUGCUUCCACCACCUUUUGUGCCUGUUUUCUACUGUUCCCCUUUAGCAAUGUGGGUUUAAGUUAUAAUAAAGCACAUGGCUGAGAAAACACCUAGGCUGGAAAGCAAAUUCAAAUGCUCUAUAAUACAUUUUUUCAUGUAAAAAUGCAUACUUCUAAAUAUGCACCCCUGGUUCUUUGAGCAUAUUAAUGUUGUCUCCUUACUGCAGAAAGAAUACGUCUUACAGUAAGAUUGGAAUCUUAGGCAAACAAGAAUAAGACCCAUGAACACCAUGGGACUUACUUUUGAGUAAACAUGCAUUGGAUCAGGCUGCAGCAAUUCUGACCUACUCAAGGUUUUCAAAAGGAAUCAAGUCAUCCAGAAUAAUGCCUCAGCCUAUCACCCACAUCUAGCUGAUUAGAACACUCAGUAGAAAAGCCCAAAUAUACAUAUUUUCAAAUGUAAAAACGUUCUGCUGCAACUCUGAAGAUGUGGAAUUGGAAGCAAUCAUUGCAAGUAACUGGUUGGCUGCUUGAACAAAAUAUUUCAGAUACUGCAUACCUCUGGAAGAAGUAUGCUGAGGGUUCCCACUUUCCAGAGGGAUGAAAAGGUUUUGUCAGAAGAGUUCCAAAGUCUAUUGGGCUCUGUCAGGAGGGCAUCAGACUCUUAAUCUCAGGGUCGUGAGUUCGAGCCCCACAUUGGGCAAAAUAUUCCUGCACUGCAGGGGGUUAGACUAGAUGACCCUCGUGGUCUCUUUCAACUCUACAAUUCUAUGAUAGAUAAGAGGUGCAGAUUGCGUACCUGAAACCUAAAACAAUGUGAUGUGUGAGAACUAAAUGUUGAUUGUUAGGCUCCACAAAAGUGUUGGUAAUGUAAUUGGCAUUAAAAGCGGGUUAAAUACAGCUCCCCGGGAAGUCUCUAAACAGCCCUGCAUCCAGGUUUCUCCUAAUCCUAGGAAAGUGGGUAAUUAUAGGGGUCAACUUUCAGAGACAAUGCUGUUAAUUUACUCUACCUGAAUACAACACAGAAACCAUAUUACACAGAUGGUGAAUGUAACAAUUUAAAAUGGGCUUAUACUAAUGCACAACAUGAAGUUCUGUUGUAUACCACUGACAUUCAGUGUAUAAUCAACGUUUGGCCAUGAGAAGACCGCAGACUGGUUAGAUUUUGGUUGUCCAGGCACCAGAUACUAAACCACCUUGCAGAUUUUGUUUUGGGGGACUCUGCCUGAGCGUCUUAUUACUUAAUGUGGGACAAGUUGGUUUUUUCUUGCUUGCUUGUUUUUUUCUUUUGCAAAUACAUUUGUAUUUUAUAUCUCAACUUCCCCCUGGAAAAUCUCUGAAGGCUAUCAUAAGUAGAGGCUGGAUCUGGCCUUCACAUCCCAUUUUUGUCAUGAGCAAGGAGACUGGUUUCUUAGUUUCUAAUGCCAUAUUUCAAAUCUAAACCAGUUUGGGGAAACAUACAAAAUUAUGAAUGCAGAAUUCUAAAUACAAUUAUUAGCAAAUAAGUCCCACUGAAUAUUCCCAAGCCAACAAGUGCAGGGCUGAGAUGUUAUACAAAGCCACCUUUGUACAUUCCAAAGGAGUAAUAAAUGGCAAGAACACAUUUUGUCCUUCAUGUUUAAUAAUAUGUUAAACAAUAUGUACAAAUGCUAAAAUACAUAUGUAGUAUUGCUAUAGCUUUGUUAUUCGGGUCACCGAAAAUAUUUAAGGUCUCAGUUACUUUAAAUAUAAUGCUUAGGCUGUCUUAAAAUAAUCUUUUGAUAAUGAUAAAAUGUUGAUAGAUCAUAUUUUACAGUGAUCCAUUUUAAACAAACUGUCCAUCCUCAGUGUUAUGGAACGCAUUAAGAUACAUGUUUUUUGCAUGAAAUUUAUCAAAAUGUUGUAUAUCAUUAAUGCUGGAAAUCUAAAUAAAAUAAAGCAAGAUUAUAUUUUGCUAAUAGCUAUGCAUUUUUGAAGAAAAUGGAAAAGUUAUUAAAUGCCAUUAAAAUGAAGGGGAAAAAACACUGGAUAGCUAUGUUGGCAACAACAGGGACUUCCACAGCUAUGUACAAUUUGCUGUCACUGUUCAUCUGAGUUAUAAUAUUAUCCUGUAAGUGGAUUUAAAAGUAGAAAUGGAAUUUUCAUCUGAGGCUAUAUACAUAUUAACAGCUUAAAACACAGCAAAUUUGUUCUCCCCACUCCCCUUCAAGUCACAUUUACAUCCGAGAAGGGGCAGGGGUGUCUUCACUCUAUGCAUAUGACAGUACCUGUUUGGUUUCCCCAUGCCUGCAGCUUCCCGCAACUCCUAUUCUUGAAGCUGUCAACUGUGCAUGUGCAACGGGCAGUCUCAAAUAUACACACCUCAGCUUAACCACAAAGCGAUGGUUGCUUAUUUCAAAAUUUCGUCUUUAGGGCAUCAACUUUCUCAAUUCAUGGAUAUUAACGAGUAGGGACCAGAGGUUCUUCAUAGGGUUAGUAGACACAGAGUACAGCUUAUGGUAUGUAUCCAGUCUUCUAUUAGUUGCAUAAAUCCUUCCAUUGUCUAGAGUCCUUCCUUCAAGUGUCUUGUCUGAGAAGAUAGAUCAUCAGGACAAAGAGAGAGCUAAAGUAAAAUACUGCCCUUUGUUCUUCUGGAAAUGGUUUUAAAGAACUUCAUGUUUUUUUAAAAUUCAACAGAGGUGGCCAGGCUAGCCUCUUGCAGGAAAAACAAGUCCUUUGGCAGAUUUAUUUUGGCAUAGGCGUCUGACAAAGUGGGCUCUAGUCCACAAAGGUGUAUGCCGAAUAAACCUGGCAUAUGGCGUUUUUACAGUGCAACAAUACAAGCAAUAAAAGCAAACGUUUUUGGUGUGAUCUGAUAAAACUAGUGAGCAUCACUAUUUCUCUAUUUGUGCAGUUCCAAUGUCUGGAAAAGCAGAGAAAAACCAAAUGCAAGUACUGUACUGUACAAUAAUCAGGAACAAGGCAGGUUCCAGUCUCUUGAAAAGACAGCACAAGAACUCGGAUCUUCUGAAAUUAAUACAAUUUUUAUGUGGAUUUGGGAUUGUGGAAAAACACCCUGAGGAACCAACGAACCUUCCUGACUUGCUUUCCACCUAUGAAAGCGUCGAUUCAUCCCUAACUGGGAGCUCUGUGGGUGGAGUGUCCUUAAAACAUAGAUUUUUUUCUUCUGAAUAAACGUGCGUAAGCUCAGGCUCGACGGUGACCGUCCAAAACACCCACGCAGUGCGAUCCUAAGCACGGAAGCCAACAUACCUCCCAGCAAAGCCGCUAAAAACCCGCAACCCUCCCCUUCCCUUAGCUUGGGGAGCAAACGCCCGUCGUGCCGCGUUUACUUCCGCGUAAGCAAGCGGAGAGCGAGGCGGAGGAGGAGGCCGCCGCCUUGCGCCGCCCGGGAAACAGUUGCCGACUUCCUCAUACGCCGAAGGAGCGGCGCGCAGCAGCCACGAACUUCGCGGCCCGCUCGCCGAGGCGCUAGAGCGGCAGCCGGCGCAUGCGCAGCGCCGGAGGCUAGGCAAAAGUGCGGCGGCCCCGCCUCCUGGGGCUGCGGGCGGGGAACGGGCCAUCAGGCGAGCCUCGCCCCUUGAAGAGGGCGGCGCCGCGGCCGGGAGAGAGAGAAAGAGCUCUUCUGCGCAUGCGGGCUGUGCCAGAGUUUCCAGUCGGCGCUUGUCCGGUCGCGGGCUCCAGCUUUCCUUUGGGGUGGGGGCGGCUGAGCGGGGAGCAAGGGGCGGGGCUCGGCCUCUGGAAACUGCUUCUCCCCCUCUCUCUCCCGUGGUUGUCGGCUGGGAAGGGAUUGGACGGCGGGGGCUCCUCGGCGCUGCUCCCAGAAGGGGGUCUGGUAAGCGUCUCUUCCUCCGGUGUUUGCUCUUAACCCCCCCACCCAAAAGUUAUUCCUCUCCCCCUUCAGGCUGAGCUGCCUCCCGGGGCGCCAUCCUGUCCCGCCCCCUCUUUCCAGGUAGGUACUUUGGUAGCAUCCACAGAGGGGAGGGGAGACGCCUCAAGUUGCCCCGUCCUCCUCCUCCUCUUCUUCCUUCUCUUGAAUCUCCUGCCUCCCCCCUCUAAAAAAAACCCCCCAUUUUCUUCUUCUGGACCACAUAGAGUCCUGCUAGGUUUUUAGCGUGACGCCUGGCUCUGCCUUUCCUCCCUCUGUUUACACCUGCUCGCCUCUUCCCCCUCGCAAACUUCUUCUGUGGAAAAUGGACCUCGUGCUCCUUUUCCCUUCUUCAUCUUCUCCUUGUCGUUUCUGCUGGCGAGUGAGGCUUUUGCCGACUUGAGGAGAGGGAAUUGCUCCCGAGUAAAUGUGCCUAGGAAUGGAGCAGCUCUUUUAUAGUUAAGUCUCCUGGGAUUCUAGUCAUUGUAUAAGCCCAACAUGUAAAAAGCACAAUUCUUGCUCCUUCCCGCCCCCAAGCUCUGGGAACUGUAUUUUGUUAAGGGUGCUGGGAAUUUGCAGCUUUGGGAGGGGUAAGUUGCAGUUGCCAGGAUUCUUUGGGGGGAAAUGUGCUUUGGAUGCAUAGGGGAAGGCUUUGCUUUGAAUUCUAGUAGGCCCCACCUGUGCUGUACAUUUAAAGCUGUACCAUGCCACUUUAAAACAUCUGUGGUUUCCCCCCAAAAGCAUCCUGGCAAUUGUGGUUUGUUAAGCAUGGUCAGAGUUCUUAGGAUACCCCUAUUCCCUGCACAGAGCUACAAUUCCCAGAGAUCCUGAGAACUGUAGCUCCUUGAGAGGAACAGGGGUUUUCCUAACAACCCUUAACACCCAUAACAAACUUUUGUAGGACACCAUGGCUGUAUCAUGCAGCAUGAUCCUGUAACUGGCGUGAUAGGCUAGGUACACUGCAGAUGGGCCAUAGUGACACUCUGGUCCCGGGGGAUGAUGAUAAUUUUUUUAAUGGGAAAUUUCAACUGGCAAAAAGGAGCUGCAGUUGCCUAGUAUCACAGAGAUAAUUUAUAUUAUGUACAGCUUUUCUUCGAAGGGAGUGCACCGUAAAACGAUUGCAUUCAAAGAGCCGUGCAAGCAAAAUACUCUAAUUAGUUCAAAGAAUUAUUUUAUAUAACCUUGGUUUGGUUAGAAGUUCUGAUGAAAUUGGGAAGAUUUUAAAAGCAGUCACAAUUGUUAACUAAAGCAAAUGUGUAAGAGCUAAUUGGUUCUAGGUCGGCUAGUUACACUGUGAAGAAAAUAGGAACAGAAACUUUUGUUUCUGCUGUCAUCCAAGGAAAAAUACUGCUUGGGCUGUAGUCUAUGAACACUUGCUUAGAGGUAAGCUCCAUUGAAAUCACUGGGACUUAUCGCCAAGUAAAUUUGAACUGAAAAUUACUGAUUAGAAUCUUAGUUGGAAGGAUUAAAAACCAUGUAGUCCACUUCUACUUAGGUAUAUUAUCUGCUACUCUAGUUAUCUGCAAUAACGAGGUGGCCAUCCAUCUUGUACUUAGAAACCUCCAACAGUUCUUUACCUUGUGUGGUAGCCUGUUCCACUGUCUAGCAGUUCAUAUGGUCAGGACAUUCUUUCUUUCCAAAGUGUAAUCAAUAUUCCCUUUCCCUAGGCUCUAGAGCAACAGAAACAAAUUUGCUCACUCUUUGUUGACAGCCCUGCAGAUAUUGACUCUUACUCAAUACAAGCAAGUUCCAAGGAAAUAAAUGAAGCUUGUGCUAUGUUUGUAAAUACUUUUACAUGGAAAUACGUACUAUUAUUGGUUUAAAACAUGUUGGUAGAAUUUUAAUUGACUGGAGAUGAAAGUAAUAAGAGACAUUUGUAAUGCAACCUGCAAAUGUCAUUCAGAGACUUAAUAGUUAUCACAUUUCUUUCCUCCUUGUUCAUAACUUAUGUAGAAAAACAGGAAGUUUUGCAACAUUGUGGCCUUUUACACUUGUAGCUUCCAGUUUGGGCAUAUUGCAUUUUGCAAAGCUUUUGUUUAUUUUUAAACUGGCUGCUUUAUUUAAAUUUAAGCCAUCAUGUAGUGUAGAUUUCUUGCUUCAAGGUUUAGGAUCACAGAUAUUUUCUAAUUUCUAUCUUCCAGGAACCAUGGCGAUGACUGGCCCAGCACCUUGUUCAUCUAUGAGCAACCACACCAAGGAGCGAGUUACAAUGACAAAGGUGACAUUAGAAAACUUCUACAGUAAUCUGAUUGCGCAGCAUGAGGAACGAGAAAUGAGGUAAAUAUCCCAGCUGCAUGAAAAUGGAAGUAAUGCUAUUUUCCUUAUAUCAAGAUUUAAGAAACAAUGGAUGCAACAAAUAUGCUGAUCAUCUUACCCUGCUAAAAGUUUUUAUAACACUUUUAAGUCCUCAAAAAGCCUUUAAAAUAUUUUAGUAUGAUGAUAUUUUUCAGUGCCCAUGCUAUCCUCUUGUUGUGCAUUUCAAUAAAGGCAUAUGUUGCAGAUGCUUGAUGAAAACUAGUAGCAGCAUUUUCCUGGAAUGAAAGUUGUUUUUCUCUCUCUGGUGUUAUGUUUUAUUUUUAUUUCAGUGUGUCCAGUAUAAACAGUUUUUAUUGCGAAAUGCACUUGGCUCUACUGUGUACUAUAAUCAAAAGCAGCCUCUCUAAACACAGUUUACUCCUUCCUGGAUUUCAUUCCCUUCUAAGUAUUGUAUUUUAUAUUUAUCUGUAAAAUAUAUUAACUACUUCCUGCUACAAGUAGUGGUCAAAUGUGCUCUAUAAAAAAAUAAUUAACGCAUAAAAACAUUGUUCCAAUUUAGCUUUCCCUUAUUUGAAAUAUUUAACAAACACCCCUCUCUUCAUUCUGUUGAAUGCCAAUUGGAACAUAGGUCCUUGAAGGCGAAGCCACUGCUGAAAAACACACCUCUCUGGUAGUUACACAUUUCCCUUCACUUGGUGGGGAAACUCCACCAACACCUCUAUAGAUGUUGUAGUUGAAAGCUUAUUAGGCUUAUCAAUGAGAAGAUCAGUUAUAGAAAUAGCUUGUCACUGCUGCUAGUCUUUUACUAUGACAUCCAGCCAUGUGAAAUCUUUGUUAGGUUAUGCUGCCAGUUCACAUGGAAUAACAUUCCUGCAUUGCAGUGGGUUGUACUAGAUGACCCUUGGGGUCCCUUUCAACUCUACCAUUCUAUGGUUCUAACCGUGAGGUACAUUUGAUUGUGUGUGCUUGACAGGUACCCUAAAACAGUAGUUCCUUUCCCCCACCCUGGAUGAUAGUGGGAGACCACUUCAGGUUUGCUGAUGAUCUUGGGGGGGGGGGGCGCUUCAUGUUUUUCCCGUGUGUUGUAUGAUUUCUAAUGUCCUGUGCUAGAUGCCGUAUUUUUAUUGGUUUUUUAUUUCUUAUAUUGUAUUUUUUUGUAUUACAAUUUGCAUUCUAUGGAAUUCAAACUAUAAUACAGUAAAAUAUAAUAAAAGAAGCAGCAAUACAAUACAGAUUAAAAUCAACAUAAUAAUUUAAUGUGGACAUGCUGAAGACCACUUGAAUGAAGCUCACAGGAACCCUUGCCUCAGAAUUCUAUCGUAAGGAGUUUCAGUUCUUUUGAAAUAUUGCCUUUGAGCAAAUUUCUUAAAAGGCGUUACUAAAAUGCCUCAGAUCUACUCCCUUCUAUAUCCUCCCUAAAUUUAUCCAGCCUUUUGUUUGCAUAUACAGAAUAACUAAAGGUUUAUUAAGCUGACAGAUUGGUUAGAAUUGAAGAGACUGAUCAUUUUCAUAGAAAUGGAAGUAGUUUAUAGUUUAAUAAGCUCUCUAUAGUGUUUCAAAGGUCAUUUUGUAUGUUUAAUGAAAUUCUUAUGCUUAUUUUGUUCUAUAAUUCUGUGAGGUUAGAGGUUAAUGCAGAAAUGAAGUCCUUUCCACUUAUUACAUUCUACUGUUCCACCCAGUGGCAAAUGCAGUUGUGUUAUGCACUAUGGAUUGGGUAUUAGAUUGGCUGCGAUGAUGUGGCCUCUGUUUUUGCCAGCUAUCUCCUGUGAGCCCUUUCCCACCACAGACACACCUUGACCUGGCAGUAAGGUAUUGGAUGGUUGAUCUAAAUCAGUUCUUGAUACCUUCCAGAAGUUGCCCAUCCUGCAAUCAGUUUGUUUGUACGUCCUUUUUAUUAUAAAUGAUUAAACUAUACAUUUCCUGCUUGGCAGAGGGUUGGACUCGAUGUCCCUUGUGGUCUCUUCCAACCCUAUGAUUCUAUGAUACUCUUGUUUCGUGCCCCUUUUCUUUACAAAAGACUUAAUUUGUAUGAUGCAAAUACACGAUAAGAGCAAAUUUCCUGUUCAUUUUGCAGAAGUUCAAGCAGAAGCAGGGUGUUUAUCUUGAUUGCUGUGUGCAUUGAGAAAUGAAGCCUUGGAAUUCAGUGUUCCAAUUCCUGGCAGCUCUGUUCUGUCCUGAAGUUGUAUGCAUGAACUUGUGGAGACCUUGUUCAAAAACUUUAUUCUUUUUUUUUUUUUACAGACAGAAGAAGCUAGAAAAAGUUAUGGAAGAAGAAGGCUUAAAAGAUGAAGAGGUAUUGCAUAUCCUGAAACUGCCUUUCUUGGUGCUUGUUUCUCAUCACCCCUGUAUCAUCAUCAUCAUCAUCAUCAAUAAUUUAAAGUUAUUAUCUGUCCUUCACCCUAAGGUCUCCUUCUUUGGAGGUCUUUAAGCAGAGGCUUGACAACCAUAUGUCAGGAGUGCUCUGAUGGUGUUUCCUGCUUGGCAGGGGGUUGGACUCGAUGGCCCUUGUGGUCUCUUCCAACUCUGUGACUCUAUGAUUCUAUGAUUCUAGGUCACAGGAUGAAUUACAACAAUUUAAAAUACAACAUUAAAAAUAGUUUUAAAACAUACAGUUAUGGAAUGAAGCCACAAAAAGAAGGGCGGGUCCUAAGAAUAUAUAUCUUAGGUAACAAAGACCAGAGUAAAGAUAACAAGCCUUUGCUGUGAGUGAUUCUGGUCUAGCUGUUGAUUUUUUUAUUUUUCAUUAAUAGAAAAUGACACUAACACACCCCAUUUUUGAACAACUUCUAGAAAAGAAUGAGGAGAUCAGCACAUGCCCGAAAGGAAACAGAGUUUCUGCGCCUAAAAAGAACAAGACUUGGGUUGGAAGACUUUGAAUCUUUAAAAGUAAUAGGCAGAGGAGCAUUUGGAGAGGUAAGAGUUCAAAAUGAAAAAGAAAUUCUAAAAAGUAUAGACAGCCAACUUCUGACCCGCCAACACCAUCAAACAGCCUCUUAUCACCCUGUUAUUAAAUGCAAAUACAUAGAGUUUGCUUUCAGGGCAAGUAUCCCAUCAAUAAAGGUAGUUUCUACACUUCUGAAAAGUAUAUUAGUAAUUUGAAAAUCCUCUUAAAGUAAUGGACAAUUGGACAUAGUUGAUUUGUUAACAUUGAACACAGUUGGCCAAAUGAAGUGUAGUUUUAUGCUGAGCUCCCUAACAGUUAUCUGGUAACACCUGUUUCCUACAUGUAGUUAUUUACAGAAUUCAGGUAAUGCUCUAAGCAGCAGCAGUAUCUUACUGGCUUCUCUGAAAAUUGUCUAAUGGCUAACGGUAUAAUGUUGUUGUUUUCCAAACUUAACUAUUUUAAUAUACUGUGUCUACACCUUUUCUAAGUUACUCUGUUCCAUUGUAGUGCUAUAGUAAUAAUCUGCUUUAUUUAUACCCAUUAUCCAAAUAUUUUGGGUGUACCCUAGGCCUGUCUCAGUUAUAUGUAUUCACCGUAUCUCUUACUGUAAUUUAUUAUGAAGGGUAGCAUUGUCAUGAAUGUAAUCCAGGAAGGAAAAAUAAUAAUUGACUCAAUGCCAGAUAGUGUUAUGCUCCAUAGCAGCUGAAAACUAGAUAUACUACACUGGUAGGUACAGAAGGCUCUAUAUAUUGUUCAAUCAUCCCCAAAACAGAGCACUUUCCUCCCCUAAUUCUCCUUUCUGUAACUGUUUAUCUUAAAAAAAAUGGCUGAAAUGGGUUUUAAUAUGUUCAUUGUUUUUGCACAACUUCUAGGUGCGGCUUGUUCAGAAGAAAGAUACAGGGCAUGUAUAUGCAAUGAAAAUACUACGGAAAGCAGAUAUGCUGGAAAAAGAGCAGGUAAAUACUGAUUCCUAAUGAGAGUAUGCAGAUGUCAAAAGUAAGAACAUGCAAGCAAUGUGGAAUUCUUCUUUUCUGCUGGAACCAUUAGGCUCAUGAUGAGGUAUCUUAAUUUAUCAUUUUGUGGGGAAAUUUGGAAUGCAUGGAAAGCAGAAGAGAACCUUCUAGGAAAAAGAAACUCUGUAAUCACCAAAUGGAAUGUGGUAACUUCCAUUUAAAGUUUUUCCAGCUUGUGGAUGAGAUGUUUUUGAACCUGCAUCUCCAACUCUCCAUCUUUAUCUAAAUUUAAUUGAACAUUUAGUAUUUAUUAUGCAAAAACUGCAGUUGUAUGCACAGUUAUUAAAGAGUAAGUCUUAAUGGGACUUGUUCAUAGAAAGCCUGCAUGGGAUCAUGCUGUAAGUCUUGUGUUAGAGUUUUGAGCAUCAAAAGCUGAAUACAUGUGUCCUGAUCAAUUUUCAUGCGUGUUCAGGUAUGAAUAUGAUGCUAUAGAAGGAAAAUGAAAUUCAGAAUUCUUCCUUUAACCGUUUAAGCCUUUGACUUAAAUUCCACUUGCAUGUGUCUCAGUGACUAAGUGCACUUCUGUCUGUAUCCCAUGCCUGAUUUAAUUUUGAUGCAGGCAACAUGGAGGUUGUCAGAAGGCACUUACCUAUUUAGAGGCUUCAGUUGCAAAUUAAGAAACCUUUUGCUCAUGCUGGUGGAUAUAGUGUUUUCACACUAUCAAUAUUUAAUUAUUUUAGGAUUUAUAAUCAUUCUCUCCUUCUAAAAUGGAGAUAUGAAGACAGUUUAUAAAAUAUAAAAACAAAUGUCUUAUUUCAAAAGGCAUUGCUAAAUCAAUCCAUGGCUAAGCAUGAACAAGAAAGUAGGUGGGAACUUGGAUGAAAAAUCGUAGCCGUUCUGCUCCUCCCUUGUCCUGCUGCUGCCACACUACCCAGAGCCAAUUCAUAAUUUGAAUUAGCAUUGCUCAGGGUUUGUCUCACUCCACAAACCACGAGUGGUAAGCCAAGAACAAACAUGGGUUGCAGCUCAUUUGUCUGGAAACUGUGGGCCUUGGUUUGGACAUAGCUCUAAGCCAAACUAUGGCUUAGCUCUGAAUAGCACAGCAACAGGACCAGGAGAGGAGCAAAGGGGUCAUGAUCUUUCCUCUAAAUACUCACACUCUCCCUCAUUCACACUUAGCCAUAAUUUGACAUACUGUAACUUACAAAUCAGGCCAAUGCCAGUAUCAGUAAAAUAGCAGCAACAAACGCCAAAAAACACAUAAGCUUAAAAACAAGGGCUUGCUAGAAAGGUUUUCAAACAACAGGAAACCAGCAGAACAGGAUAUAAACCUAAUCUUUCUGGGCAGGGAGUUAAUAUACCGGGUGCCAUGACACAAAAGGCAGUCUUGUAUAGUGGGUGGUAACACACUUCUUAAGGCAACAGAAUGCAUAAAAGGGCUUUGCUAGAUAUCGGAGGGCAGAGAGACUCAAUGGGAAGAAAAAGUGCUUUUAGACAACUUGUCCUAAGCUAUUGUGGGCUUUAACCUAGAAUUACUCUCAGAAACAGACCAACCACCAAUGCAGCUGAUAAUAGCAAAGGGGUAACAUGUUUCUGAAAUGUAGUGAUGGUCAAAUCUUUAGUAGGAGCGUCCUGCGUUAACUGAAAGUUCUGAACAUUUUUCAAGGGCAACCCCAACUGAGCCCUCUUAACUAAGUGGUUGCUGCUGGUAAGGGGAGGGAUUUGCUCAUUUUAAAUUUUUAUUUCCUGUUCACAGUUGGGGUGGGUUUACAGCCCAUUGCCUGUAUCUUGACUCACUUGACUGGGCAGCACCUGUGCUUCUGGCAUGCACCAUUCUGCAAUUUGAAAUGUAACUAAUAUUAAAAAUAAGUUGCUGUUUGGGGACCUCUUGGGUUAUGAACAACAUUUGCAAAUAUUGUGUAAAUAUUUCUUUAAUUACAACUUGCUUCUUUUUUAAAAAAAAAAAUGUAUUCAUCUCCAGGUUGGCCACAUUCGAGCAGAACGUGACAUUCUAGUGGAGGCAGACAGUUUGUGGGUUGUAAAAAUGUUCUAUAGUUUCCAGGAUAAGCUGAACCUCUACCUAAUUAUGGAGUUUCUGCCUGGAGGUAAUUAUUUUGAACUUCUGUGUCAUCUAAUAUUGCUUGAUAUUAUUGUGAAUGCUGACUACAUGACAAGUUAUAUGCCCCAUUUUGAAACGCACUAGUCACUGAUUAGCAUGUAUUGAACAAUUCACAAUCUAAAGUGAUGUACCCAUAGACUAUAGACAAACUAUAGGAAAGGCAGUUUUGAGCAUAUGAAAUUCACUGAUAGUGAAGGAGUCCUACUCCAGGUUGACUUUUGCUCGUUAUUGUUUAUUGGUCAGGGUGUUCAUGUGAGUUUUUGAGGGAGAAUAUUACUGUUUUGACCAAAUGACCUAUCCACUUUACUGCUCAAUAACUUUUCAGAGCUAUAUCAAGACUUUCAUUUUUACUUGUUAUUGACAGAAAUAAGUUGAGGUUGGCUCAUGCAGGAAUUUGAUAAAAUUGUAUUUAUUUAUGCUGAAAUUAGAAACAUGAACUUGUUAGAAGGAAACUUGGUGAAAUUGAGGGCAUAUUCAAAAGGCCAUUCUGCUAUUUUAGGCUGCUAUAUUUAUGAUGGAAUGGGCAUCUACUUUUGGCCAUUUCAGAAUCAUUUACCAGCAGUUGCAAGGAGUAAAGCAUGCAGAUUUUCCAGGACAUAAUGUAAUUCUGUCUAUGAUGCUAUUUCCUUGCCUGUGUAGGAAAGAAAAUAGACUAAGUAGCUAUUUAAGAAGUAAAUGAAAUAGCUCUGAGGAAAAAGAGACUUGGAACAGAAGAUGGUGUAUCUUGGAAUUUAGGCCAAGCUAAAAGAACAACUAGAUAUGGCAUUACAAAGAAACUGAAUACAACUUAUCUUCACUUCUUGUUCUCUGUACAUACAGGUGAUAUGAUGACAUUAUUGAUGAAAAAAGAUACCCUAACAGAAGAAGAAACUCAGUUUUAUAUAGCAGAGACUGUGCUGGCUAUAGAUUCAAUUCAUCAACUGGGUUUUAUUCAUCGUGAUAUCAAGCCAGAUAAUCUCCUGUUAGACAGUAAGGUACGAGUAUUAUUUACUGUAAGCUGUUUCAGGGACUAUUAAAAAUAUUUAUUAUUAUUUAUGAAUCCCCUUUUUCAGACAUCACAAGGCGAUUUCCAAUCAUACAAUUAAAAAUGGGGUUGAACUAGAUGAUCCUUUGGUUCUCUUCCAACUCUGCAAUUUUAUGAUUCUAUAAUAAAGAUAGGUUUGAAAACAAUAUAAUAAAGAUAGGUUUGAAAACACACAAGGCAGAGAUCUAAUAUUAUUAUUUUAUUACUGCUGUGUUAAUUUACUUUGGUAACCCCAGGGAUGGAAAUGGGAGACUAGUGCUAAAUAGCUUAGAUGCAUAAAAAUGACCUGCUCAGAGACCUUGUUGCCACAGUAAUGUGUGGUAUGUCGUGCAUGAGCCAGAAGAAGGUACCUCCAUCAAAUCCAAAACCCAGGAGGCCUCAAUAGCAUGUGUUUCCCAUACCACCACCCAGACUAGAGAAAGAAAUUAUGGAGUUCUAGUUAGGAUUGCUGGCAUUCAUGCUUUGGGUGCUGAAGAAGAGUCAUGACAUUUUAUUUUGGUUGUCAGUUUUUGUUGUUGUUCUUCUGCUUCCUGUACAUGUUCUCAAAAUUUCUUAAGUGAAUAGUUCCAUUCAUGCACAGUAUGUAUCACCAAGCUCUCUCAGCCACAAUUACCAAAGGUUCUGGAUGAGUUGGUCAGAUAGAGUCAUUUUAUCUUGCUAGAAACCUAAGAUCAAGGCCAGUUCAGGCUUUUAAGACCAUGGUCAAACAUUCAGUACCUGAACUCCUUAGAGGUUUUGAUACAAUCAAGUGUUAUAUAAAAUUUGUUAAAUAAAAAAUAAUUUAAAAAUGAGGUUGCUUUGUAUCUCCUUGUUUUGUGCUUGUUUCUUGACAUGUAGGGCCAUGUGAAACUAUCCGACUUUGGUCUCUGCACUGGACUUAAGAAAGCACACAGAACAGAGUUCUAUAGAAAUUUGAGCCACAAUCUUCCUAGUGACUUCAGUAAGUUGUGUUGUAUCUAAAACUUCUUUUGAGCUUGUUGCUUGGCAGAAAUAUUGAUAGGCUUGCAGUCUUAAAGACAGGACUCAAAAUGAUAAAUGGGACGAGGAGGGGAGAAGAAAACAAGCAACCUUGAUAAUCAAUUCUUAAAAUUACACAGAGUUCUUAUAAUGACCAGCUUGAAUAUAAACAGUUGAGGGGGAGCCAAAUGGCACUGGCAAUCUCAACGGACUUGAUGAAGUGACUCUGUAGGCUCAUCUCUCCCUCUGCUGCAGCUUGAUGGAAUGACUGCUGCUAAAUGAUAUCUGAGGGAGGCCUCAAAAUACUGCUUUUGCAAAAAUGCAAAGCAAGGUAGAUACCUACGAAAGAUUUUAAGUGUAGCCACCAAAGAAUAAAUUGUCUGUAACUAGAAGGAAUUCUAGCUCUCUUUCACCUACUCACCCUCUCAUGUACACAUGCACAUUUCUGGGUUGUAUUGGGUGGGGAGAGGGAGCAUACUGGGAUUCAGGGGAAUAUGUUAAAAGUAGGGAACUAUUGUACAAAAAUGUAAACCUCAUCAACACUUCAUUGAAACAAGAGCCAUUAAACGCAAAGGUAAUAAUAUACUACCUGCCUUCUAUCUUUAGCUUUUCAGAAUAUGAACUCCAAAAGGAAAGCAGAAACUUGGAAAAGAAACAGGCGGCAGCUGGUAGGUAUUGCUGUGUCUAGAGAUUCUUCCCUCUGUGUAGAGAUCAUGUCAUAUUUUAUGUUUAAGGCCUUGAAGAUCCUGCUGAGAAAUCAGUAUGUAAUGCAUACUUGUUUCGUCUCUGCCACUUGUUCUCAUCUAGGGAAAUAGAACCAUAGAGUUGGAAGGGAUCUCAAAUGUAAUUGAAGGCUUAGAUCAGGGGUAGGGAAACAUUUUGGCUCCACAAGCCUGAUCUUUAUCAGGAUUUAUUUUGCAGGCCAAAUUUGACAGGUGGGAUCACCACAUGUCGUCACUAUGGCACACGAUUGAUAGGCAAGUUGUGUCUUCCUCCUCUCAAAAUUACUUGUGCAAGGUUCCCAAGUGAUGUUGGAUGGUUUUUUAAGGGAUGCCUAAAAGCCACAUGGCUGUUUUAUACUCCAGAUGUCAGGGGUUCAAAGGGGGAGUAUGGGGAGGCUUGCAAAGAGUAGCACUGCUUCCUCCAACUUGAGCAAGGUGCACUUGGUUGGGAGCACUCCUUGCAUCAUAAAAAGAACAAUUGAGAGCUCACUUUAAGCUCCUUUGAAGGCCCACCUUCACUUGCCUCACAGCUGACAUUUUAUAUAAUUUUGACUUUCCCAAAACAGCCUGGCAGGCCAAAUGGGGAGACCUGGGUUGGGGGAGGGACGCAUUUGGCCUGCAGGCUAGAGGUUCCCCAUCCUUGGUUUAGAUUGCUCAAAUAAUAAUUUUAUGGCAUCAAAAGAGGCAUAUUAGGACUUUGUUUAUGGCCAGAGUAUCGCAUUGCCCUCCAGCAUCCUGAAGUAGAGACACAAACAAAUUUGUUUGCAGACUUGUUCAUUAAUAAUGCCUGCAGAAGUCAUUGUUCCACAUAUUUUUUCUGGAUAUUCCCUGUGCUCAUUGAUAAGAUACAACAGAAAAUGUGUAACAGAUGAUGUUUGAUUACAGGCCUUCUCUACAGUGGGAACUCCAGAUUAUAUUGCUCCAGAGGUCUUUAUGCAGACAGGCUACAAUAAGCUUUGUGACUGGUGGUCACUUGGGGUCAUCAUGUAUGAGAUGUUAAUUGGUAAGAAACAACCAUUCAUGUAUCUAAGAAUAUUGUGGAUCAUUGCCCCUCACCUAGCUUCUAAAUAGUAUGUUAUAUAUAAUACUGCUUUUCUUUUGCUUGGCUACUUUUAGCUGGAUUUUUAUAUGCAAUUGUGGUGCUUGACCUUAAAAUAAAUUUAAGAAGGUAGAUGAUGAUAACUGCACUUGGACUUCAUUAACCACUAAUCAGAACUUUCAUAACUUUCUCAGGUUACCCUCCUUUCUGUUCAGAGACUCCUCAAGAAACUUACAAGAAGGUGAUGAAUUGGAAAGAGACCCUAAUAUUCCCUCCAGAAGUUCCCAUCUCAGAGAGAGCCAAGGAUCUUAUUCUAAGGUACCAGAUCAUUAUCUGUUGUCAUCAGUUACAAGAUUUCUCAACAUUCAGUCUGCAAGUUUUGGCUACCCCUUUGUGAUCUUACAAAAAUAAGAGUUAGGCUUCCAUAUUUUAAAAAUUGUGUAGGUAGCACAGCAUCAUUCAGGAGUAUUAGUUUUAAAAGUUGCUUAGGCAGAGCAUCCCUGCUCUCUCCUUAUUUCAUAUUGCUUCUUACUUUAUUCCUUUUUGUAAGCACUUGCAACAGUUGCCUGCCCCAGAGAGCACAUAACUUGGGCAAAUGCUUUAGCCUAGGCACCCACAAGGAACCCCUCAUCAUCCACAGCACCAUUGCUACUUCAUGGUGGGUUUUCAGGAAUGUGGGAACCUCUCCUGUGCUGCCUCCAGCUUCCUUGGCCAGCUGCAUAAAGCGAGAAAUUUAUUCCCUUAAUGUAUUGUGUAUGUUGCAGAAGAGGAUGGACAUUCUCCCUUAUGUUGAACCUCCAGCAAAAAUCAGGGUAGAGCGAGAGAGACUUGUGCGGCUUCUAAACUUCCUUGAAUCCCAGUUUGAGGCAACUUUCCCCUAGCUCUUAAUGUUCUGUGCACUGGAAAAUAUUGAGUGAGUGUCUGAACUCUUGUGUUGCACAGAAAUUCAAAAGAAAGUAUUCUGCUUGAUAUGCCUGGAAGCAGAAGCACGUUAAACAGAACAGAAAAAAAAGAAACAAAGCAUUGAAAUUAUUGCAAUUUAUUACAUUGCCAGAUAACUAAACAUUGGGGAAACAUGUAUCAUAACAAGUGGCAUUAAGCAGUCCAUAUCUCACUGGAAGAGACACAGAAUUGUAGUGGUUUGAUUAAUAUGGCAUUAAAAAUGUUCUGGAGCCUCACAACUUCUCAGUGAUGCACAGAAGGCUUAGGAAGGGGAACAUGAUGCCUUAUGACCACAUGCCUGGAGGAAAAUCAGAGUAAUGCAGCUAUUGCACUGCUCCCAGUGUUUUGGAGGACGGGGAAAUAAUGUGAAAUGGCUUUAAAAACAAUGCUCAUUAACCCCACACAGAUACUAAGGUUUUUUCUUCCAGUAUAUAGAGACCUGCUCUAGAGGCUUCCAUUGAAAAAAAAUUGCAUUUACUUUGAAUUGUAUUUGUUUUACUGUCAGUUGUUCCCUUUCCCACUUAGUAGUUUGUUUCCCCACUUUUUGAAUAUUCUAUGCUGCCUUUUUUGUCUGUGCAGAUUUUGCUGUGAAUGGGAGCACCGAAUUGGUGCCCCAGGUGUUGAAGAAAUCAAAACAAACCCCUUUUUUGAAGCUGUUGACUGGGAGCAUAUCAGGUACAAAGUUUUAUUUCUUCUAGGACACUGUUCUUUAAGUUUUUCUAAUUCAGUUGCUUAGUGUGCAGUAAUUCCUUAUGAGCAAGGCAAAGUUUGAACUUCAGAACACCUCUGACAUAGAUUUUGAUUUUUGGUACUUACUUGCAUUAUAAACUCUAAUUGAGAACAAUUCUUAAUAGGGAGAGACCAGCGGCAAUAUCCAUAGAAAUCAAAAGUAUUGAUGAUACUUCAAACUUCGAUGAAUUUCCGGAAUCUGAUAUCCUUAAACCAGCAGGUAGAUAUUUUCACUUUGGAUUUUAUUUCGUUUUUAUGUAGAGUUUUAGCUUUAAUCUCUCUCUCAAAAGUAGGUAUUUCAUAUAAAAUAGUUCAUAGUCUACUACAGGCUCAGUUUUGCAAAUCCUCAUGCUCUCAGUUGCAUUAUGUUUGAGCUUGACCUCCUGAAAGGGUUUUGUCUAAUGUAAGAAGCACAGUCCAAAAUCCAAUAUAGCCAGGUAAGCCAUCACAGUUAACUGCAUGUACUCAUGGUUAACUCUGUGUUACAUUGUGGCCAAAAAUGUCUAGUGACCUAAUUUUGGGCUUUUUUCUGCUUCUGGUAUUGUUCAAUCAUUUUUUCCCUCUUUAUUGAUACUUUUGGAGCAUUCUCUGGUAAUAUAAAUCUGGAAAAAAUUACAAAAGUGACAUGAAAGUGUCACAGGUUUGGUUUAACCCAGAGCAAAAUAUUUUAAUGAAUAAAAUUGUCAUUGAGAGGAAGCUUCUCCAAGUAGGUUCUUUCCCUAAUUUUCUCCGCCACUUCAGCAUAUGCUAGACAUGAUGUUCAGGGCUUUCAGUAGCAUGGAGAAUGAUGGCUUGGCUGCAGAUUGCAGAAUAGAUUUGUAGAGGCUACUCUGAGGUGUCUUUACAUUUGGCUGUCUGUAAUUCUAACUGAAACAUUUGCACUUUUGAAAUAAACUGAAGGAGUCCAGGGUUUUCCUAAAAUGUUCUUAAUGCAAAGUUGUGUUCUGUUAAACUCCUUAGUUAUUAUUAAUAACUUAAUACCUCUAUAUUCUUUUUUUAAAAUCAGUGACCACAAGCAACCAUCCAGAGACAGACUACAAGAACAAAGACUGGGUCUUUAUAAAUUAUACCUACAAGCGAUUUGAAGGCCUGACAGCUCGAGGAGCAAUACCUUCAUACAUGAAAGCAGGAAAGUAGUGACUCACAACAAAACUAUUCCUGAACCUUCAUUCUUUCCUGUCAGCACAAGUUUUUUCUCCUAUGCUUCAUAAACUUUAUCUGAGGCCUGUGAACUCUUGAGAAGAGUGCAAAAUAACAUCAUUAUGCACAGUGUUUACAUUUAAAUGGAUUUAUGCAUUGAAAACUUCCACAAAUGGCACUUAUGAGCCUGCCUUUGCAGAUUUUAUUGCAGAAAUAGGUUAUUCUGGCUUUAGUUAAAAUUCCUAAGACUGUUACUUCAAGAAGGAGAGUGCAAGCUUUUAUUUACAUUGUAGACUAUAACAUAAUUGUGGUUUGGGUUUUUUUUGUAUCUUCUGUUUUACAAGUGCUGUGCAAAGGUACAGCACAAUUCUAAGGGCUAAGGUAUUGUACAGGAAACAGAGCAAUAACUAGUAUGAGGUAGACCAAAUUCUCAGAAGCUUAUCCUAUAGGAGGGCAAAACCUGUAUUGCCUUAAUUGUCACUAGUGUGUUGUAUACUUAGUUCAAAAGCCUUUUGGAUAGCAAUUUUUUCAACCCAACAAUGGCCUCAAAAGCUGCUGCACUUUACUGUUGGUACUAAAAUAGUAAUCCUAAAGUAUUGAGCUCCCCCCCCCCUCUAAACUUCAGAUUUGGGGAACGUUACGCUUUUUUACAAGCAUUGUCAAGAGAGCUAAAGAUGAUUCCUUGUGAGAUUUAUGUAACUGCAUUCUACUUGGUAGUAAGAGAGAAAUCACUGUUAAUAGCAUUAUUAGGAUACCAUAGUUAAUACUGUGAAAGGAGCCCUGCUUUUUCAGAUUCUUUCCCUACUUCUCACCCUCAAGACUUUGAUUAAUGAAAGCUUAGGAAGUUGCUGCAAGCAGAGAAUUGUAAAAUGUAAGUGUUAGUGGCAUAAUAUACUUUGGAGCUUUAUCUUUCUGAAGCUUGGACGCAGAGAGCCCUGAAGUGCCUUUUGGGAUAACCUAGGAGUGCUCUACAGGAAGUAAUGGGAUCAUAGUGACUGGUUGUUCAAAGGAUCUACAGGGUGCAGUUCUACUUCUUGGGCUGUUGCCAUUAGGUGGCACUGACCCUCUGAGUGUUCUUCAGAUUCUUAAGGUGGACCCCUGCCCUCUCAGGCUCUGCGUGGUACAUGAGACUGCCAUCAUUUUGUGUAUCUCAUGUAGUUCACCAUAUUGUUCAGAUAACUAUCUUUGAAAUCAUUUGUUCAAGACAAUGUUAAGCUCCAGACUGAGGAUGGGGGCAGGUAACGGUACAGGAGGAGACCUAGUGCAUCUGGAGCCAAAAUGAAGACAGGCAAGCCAGAGGAGGAGACCUAAACAUGAUAGCUUGGGAUGGUCCUUGUACAUCAGGGAAUGUUACCAGGCGAUUUAGUAAAAACAUUAAGCUUUCCUUUAGUAAGGUGCUCUGAUGCCCAAAUAGGCUGGAAGAAGUUGAAGUCCUUUGUUCUUGUACAAAGGUAGAGAUCAGGAUUCAGUUGUAGUUUAGGAGACAGUCGUCAAAUAUUAUUGUUGUCUCUGCCUUUAGAAGAUAUGAUGAAGCCUGCGAUAUUUCAAUAACAGGUGUCUUAGUCAUUUUCACUGAAUGUGCAUAAUUAUGCAGUAGUUCACUUGUCCUCUGAUGGUUCAUCUGUCCUUAUCAGAUCAGAGUUUUAGCAAAUUAAUUGGAGGGAUUAAUGUGCUAAAACAUUAAACACUGUUUUAAUAGUGGUUGUUCUCCAAUCUGCACUGUUACACAUACCCCUCACCGGUAGGCAGUCUUAAUGUACUGAUUUGGAAACCCCCCCCCCCCAUCAUCAUACCAUGAGUGUUUCCUAUCUUCCUUAGUACUCCUAUAAAUCCAGAUAGAUCCUGGUCCUUAACUAGUUUUCUAGAUGUGGCAAUGCACAGAAGCUUCAGUGAGAAGGUCACUAAUGAAAUAUUUUGCAUUUAGGCUUUGUCCACAAAAUGUAUCUAGAGAGAGGCUAUAGGGAGGUAACUCUUAUUCCUGCUUUAAUAUAUCCUCUGUGCCUAGUUUGUAAUUAUUACUGUGCUCCAAUGACGUGUCCUACACAUGGUGGGGCUAGAGUUUUGCUUACUGGUUAGAUAAUGAUGGGUUUAAAGUUAAAUUUCUGGUGCUUGCUGAAUGUUGAAAAUAUGUAGCAUACAUAACUGGUGCUUUAAAAGCCUUUUAUUAAAAAAGCUGUAGAAGGUCUCAGGAUAACCUGAUUGCCUAGAGAGCUGCCCAGCCAAUAACUUGCACAAAAGGGAAGAAAACAAGAUUCUUGCAUGCCUCUUUGAUGUUUCCUUCUGCAUUAUGACCAUUUAGCAAAGCAUCUCUGUGCCACAGUGUGACAGAUGAGUGCAAGCAUUGUGUGUACGUGAGUAAAUUGAAUUGCAGUACAAGGUGUAAUUUUCUGUCUUCUACUGUUGGGAAUUUUUGAAAGAUUUACUUUGUGUAUUGUAGUGAGAAUGAAUAUAGCAUAUUGUUAUAACUGAGGUCGAAUCAUUGUUCCUGUAGUCUCUGCAGCAGCCAAGAGCAUAGCUGAGUUGCCAGAGGUCACCCAGUGUGCUUAAUUAACACUGCCAGUGCAGUGAAUGAAGGCUCCCCACAAAUAAGGACAUUAUGCAUCAACAAGCUUAUGGAAAUGAGAAUUAAGCAUUUGGGAACUUGGAACAUCAGUCUGUGAACCAUUUUCUUUUUUUUGGGGGGUGGGGUAAAAUCAAUGCUGCCCUCUCAUAGCAACAUUAUAACUUGGAUUCCUAUGGUAUUGCUUUUUUAAAAACAACAACAACAACAACACUAAAACAGGAGUAUUAACUGAGAAGAUCAUAUAUUGGCUGUUGCAGCCAAUGCUGGCUUCCUUUCAACAAAUUUUUUAGAGAGCUUCCGCAUGAACUCUGUCACUGCAGUAAAUGUCCUCUUUAAUCAGUUAAGUAGUCUGUUGGCACUAAUUUAGAGAAUUAAGGUUCUCAUUUAACCAAGAUCUGAAACCUGUAUUUAAAUCCUGGUUAAACAGGAAUCCCAAUAAGCCUUAAUGACCAUUGUAAGUGUCAACGCUUAAUGCCAAUAUUAACCACAAUUAAUGUGGCAGGGAGUGCACAGUCCACAGGUGGCUGCCAAUCUCAUGUUCCUAGCUCUUGUCACCCUGCAGCAGCCCAUAGUAAAUUCUAGAGAAACUGUUGCCUUUCCGGGGUGGCACAUUUCUUCUUCAAAAGCAGUUUUAGAUCUAGAAGCCAAACAAUUACACAGCUUACUCAUAAUGCAAGUUGGUAUCAUUUUUCUGUUUCCUGUUCUACUGAGGUAUUUAGUAACGCUGAUGUCUCUCUGGCACAACAAAAAGCUGCAAAAUACUGCAUUUUUGGCGUGUCUGGGUACAGGAGAAAAUUCCUGGCUGAGACUUAUGAGCAAUGCUGCCAGUUGUUUGUGAUUUUUAGCAGAGUAUUGCACUUAGGUACUGCUUAACCAAUGUGCCUGGGUUCCGCCUUAUGGCCGAUUAAAAUUGAUUUUGUAUCUGCAUACAGCUGUAACUACUUGCAGUGUAAAAUUUCAUAUACUUUGUACAUGAUUCUGGGGUUUUGUGUGAAGACCAAUUUUUAUGGAAGUGUCUUUGCAUUCUGAGCUGUUUAAAAUACUUCCUCAAUAAAUGUAGUUUUGCUAAUGUUUUGUGAGUUAUUUGAAUUGAAAAGCUUAUUGUUCGCAACAGAUGACACUGAGGUAAUCAAAGGGGGUGCCUGGAUGUAUUUGCUAAGUGUGUUGAUUAGGUGCAAUAAGAGUGAAUAAUGAGCAAUAGACAUGUUCACUUAUUCCAGUCGCUGAAUCCCCCCCCCGACACACACCGACAUCUUCAUUGAAAGUUGAAAAAGUACAUAAUUAUAUGUGCACUAAACAUGGUGAGACAUACAUAAGAGAAAAAUAAAAAGAGAAACAGCACCUGUAUAAAAGGGAAAAUAAAGGGGGGAGGGGGUAAAACCCAAUUCCAGUUGCUGUAUCGGUAAGUUUUGGAAAUAGCACAACUUAGGCAAGGGAGGCAGGAUAGAAAAGGAUACAGAGCACUGGAUGAUUACCGGAAGGGAUAGGAUGGGGGAACUGUAGAUAAGGCCUGCCUCUCAAAAGAAAGUGUCGUAAAAACACUUUUCGUUAUGAUUGAGAGCACUUACGAGCAUCCUCCUUCUCAGCCAUGCGUUUUGCAAACUUUUGUUCUAACAUGAAAUAUCUUCAGGGUUGCUUCACGUGUGUUAAAGAGUUAGUGGUGGCACCAGGUGUUUCCUGUUACACGGGAUGUGGCUAUAUACAUUCUUUAUACCAUGUGUACACACAGGUGGGGGCUGGGGCCAGUGUGGCUCCCUCUGGAGAGUACAGGUAGGGCCACACUGUUCUUUAGCAUCAAGGUAAUGCAAAGAAAAUGAUUUUCCAAACCAUAUUCAAGUUGACUAGAAAAACAACAACCAAAGAGACAACACAGGAUUAGAAACAUAACGCAGCAGAUAAAAGGCAACUCUUUGAAAACUAAGACACAGGACGUAAACAACUACCGGAAAAGUAUUUAAAAAAUUUUUAUUUAAAGGUAUGAUAAUGUAAACACUGAAUAUUG